CGGCUCAGUUGACGUUCUCCCGCCACCGACCGGACAGCACACCCAUCCCCAAAAACAAUUUUUACUUCUUCUUUCCCUUCACGUUUUUUUUUGCUCCCCACCCACGCACCGUCAGUAGUUUGAAAGGCCUUUCGUUGACUGCAUCUUCGUCGCCAACGACGCCUGUCUUCUGUCUCUCUUUCACGUCGUCAACGACUGUUGCCCUUCAUCACCGUCAAACGAAAGAAAAAAACUGAAAACAAGAAAACAAAAGAUGAGUUCCGGCAAUCAGAAGAACUCAGCAGCCCAGCAGAAGAACAAUUUUCGAGUCAAUCUGGACCGUUGCACCAAUUUCAUGCGCCAGUUCCGCGAUCCGGAGAGCCGCGAGUUGACCAAACUGUCGGCCAACCAGUUCAUGGAUGUCUGGAGCCACUACGACAAGGACGGUAAUGGCUACAUCGAAGGCACCGAACUGGAUGGCUUCCUGGCCGAAUUCGUUUCCAGUGUCAAUGUCUUGGAUGUCGGUCCCGAGGUCGUAUCGGACGCCAUGCUGGCCGAACUGAAGCAGUGCUUCAUGGAAGCUUAUGACGACAACCAGGAUGGAAAAAUCGACAUUCGCGAGUUGGCCCAACUACUUCCCAUGGAGGAGAACUUUCUGCUACUUUUCCGCUUCGACAAUCCACUCGACUCCAGCGUCGAGUUCAUGAAGAUCUGGCGAGAAUACGAUUCUGACGGCAGCGGAUUCAUCGAAGCCGACGAAUUGAAAAACUUCCUGCGCGACUUGUUAACUGAGGCUCAGCGUGAGAAAGAGGUCACCGAAGAUAAGUUGAUUGAAUACACGGAUACUAUGUUGCAAGUGUUUGAUGCCAAUAGAGAUGGAAAGCUCCAGCUCUCCGAAAUGUCCAAGCUGCUUCCAGUCCGCGAGAAUUUCCUCUGCCGCCAAGUUUUUAAGGGCCCGACAGUGCUCUCCAAGGAUGAUAUCGAACGAGUCUUCGCCCUCUAUGACAGGGACAAUAACGGAACGAUUGAGAAUGAAGAACUACGUGGAUUCCUGAAAGAUCUGUUGGAACUGGUGAAAAAGGAUUAUGACGCCCAAGAUCUACUGGACUUUGAAGAGACUAUUCUUCGUGGCUGCGAUUUUAACCGUGACGGGAAAAUCAGCAAGAAGGAGCUUACCAUGAUCUUGUUGGCAUUGUCCAAACAUAGCCAAGACGAUGAAACAAAAUCCAAGUAGAGGCAAGAGAAAACGUUCACGACAAGUUCCGUACGACAUCAAAUAACGAUGUUAAUGAAUACGAAAAAAAAAAAAGUCUCCCAUUUACAAUGUAUUGCCCCUCGUGAGUCAAUUCUUAAGGAUCUGAGAA